AUGGAGGACAGCGAGCUUAUCUUUUCACUAGACCGCGAUGAGGAGGGUCCCAGAGAGAGAUCUUCUCGCGGAAGGAACGAGAGACUUGGGGAGCGGUUGGGUUUCCGUUCCUCUGCUUUCCAUGUGCCCCUCUCUCCGUCCUCCCCUGGUGCGCUGGGAGACCUGUCGGUCUCGGCGCCUGUCCUCCUCCCCGGCGCCCUCUCAUCCUCAACCAGCCUGCUGAAGUCCUCCUCCUCUUCUUCAGAUAUGGAGUCCAAAGAACCAGCCUCCCUCAGACCCAAGCCGCUCUUGAGCCUGGUCAAAUCCCUGUCCACUGAGAUCUCCCGUCGUGAGCCAGAGGUUUGCCUCUCCAAAUCCGACUCCAAGCUUCACAUGCAACCCUGGAAACAGCUGGUGCAACCAGUCAAGACCCACGAGGGGGGCGAUUCAUCCAGCACAGCUCCCCCAUCCCCUGGCAGCUUGUCCCCCACCGAGCCCCGCAGCUCCCUGAUGGCUGAACUGGAGGACACACGUCGCAAGUUUUCUGAGGCCAUGCAGGAACCACUGAGCAUGCUCAGUAAGAUAAUAGGUGAUGAGAGCGGUGGAAGUCCCAAGCAGCAGCAGAGGACUGCAGGGCCCAGUGACUCACCCAGCUCCCAGGGGAGUGGUGGUGGUGGUGGUGGGACCCCUGUUAAGGGGGAUGAUUCUGUAGGAGUCCGCAGGCGAGAGGAUGGCAGUCCUCUGGCUGUCUGUGACACUCCAGUGAGAAAACCCAGGAAAGGCCCUCUGAAUCCAUGCUUCUCACCAGAACUACACCGAAAACUGGGCAGUGGCGACAGCCGCUACGAGAUCUGUACCUUCGGCGAUGUCAUGCAGGUUGUUGAGAUUAAGAGCAAGACGAGAGGGAAGGACAAGGACUCAUUAGAGCAGCCCAGACCCCUGAUCCCACCCCGCAUUCCCUCCUCGACACCAGGCCGAUGGUUGGUGUGUGUGGGCUUGCUGGCUUAUGGCUUUUUUGUGCUGCCACUGCCAUCCUAUCUGACUGGCCUGUCUCUGGGUUUAGCCUUUGGCUUUAUGAUGGGACUUGUGGUAGUCCUGCUCUUGGCGCCAAGACGACCAGCACUGCCUCAGAAACCGAGGCCCCGGCCCAGUGACAGCCUGCCAGUCGACUCCAUGAGCAAAGUUCAGCAAGAGCCGGGGACUCUUCAGGGCUGGAUGAAUGAGAUGGAUUCCUACGACCCAGAGACGUACCACCCCUACCUCACUCACUCUGUGUAUGCCACCCUUGAAGGCUCCCGCCUGGUCCUGGCGUACCCACGUGCCAACAUCCCACGCAACGCAACCUUCAAUGAGCAGCAACACGAGGCCGCAUUCGUGCAUACACGCUGCUUCCAGCUGGCCAACAGCAAGGUGUCUUUAUUGCCUGCGGUUCUGGCACGAAAGAGAGUGUGGAAUAAGAAAUACCCCAUAUGCAUCAUGCUGGCAGAGGGAGAGGAGUGUGAAGAGGUAGAGCAGACAAAAGAAACAACAGAGGAGGAAGAAAGAGCAGACAAACCUUUAUUCCUCAAGUCAGACGCAGGUUCCCCCACCACUCUCUACCUCUUUGGCCGCACUGGAAGAGAGAAAGAGGAGUGGUAUCAGCACCUGCUGUUGGCAUCACAAGCUGGGGUCCAGACCAAACUCUGCAGAGAUGACUCUAAGACAGAGUUGUGCAGUGGCGGUGGCUCUAGUCAGGGCAGUACUGAAGACAUUGCACCUGCACUGGGAUUACGAGAGUUGGCAGGAAACGUGAGGGAGAAGAUCCUGUUGGACUACAACAGCUACAUGGCCCAGUUUGUCAUGUCAGAGAGUAGCAGCCCCACUGCAAGCCCCAGCCACAGCCAAUCAGGCUCCCCCACUGAGAGGAAGAAGUUUCCUGGAGAUCCAGCCUUGGCCUGCGGUGACAGCCAGCCAGCCUGGAUCAAUGCCCUCAUUGGGAGGAUAUUUUGGGACUUCCUGCGGGAAAAAUACUGGGCGGAUCAGGUGGCCCACAAGAUCCAGAAGAAGCUGAGCAAGAUCCGGUUGCCAUACUUCAUGAAUGAACUGACUUUAGCAGAGCUGGAUAUGGGAACCAGCAUGCCACAGGUACUGAGCACCUCCAAGCCCUCCAUGGACCGCAGAGGUCUAUGGUUGGAGCUGGAAGUGGUCUACACUGGCUCACUGCAGAUGACGCUGGAGACCAAAAUGAACCUGUGUAAGCUGGGCAGAGAGUGUGGCACAGACGCAGACUCUGUACCAGAGAGCAGCAGACUAGUGGGUUCCAGACCUCGUUUGUCCGUGAUCGCUGACAGUGACGAAGAGUCGUCCAGCGCUGGCUCAUCUGAUGAAGAGGAGGCAAUGCCGUCCGAACCCCAGGGAGCGCCAGAAAAGAGUACCCCUCCUGGUGCUGAUGGCCAUGGAGGAGGAAGCACCAGCAGGAAGAUUUUAAGAUUUGUGGAUAAAAUUGCCAAGUCCAAGUACUUCCAGAAGGCUACAGAAAAUGAGUACAUCAAAAAGAAAAUCGCUGAAGUCUCAAAUAUGCCUCUGCUGCUCACUGUGGAGGUGCUAGAACUUUCUGGAACGCUGGCAGUCAACAUUCCACCUCCCCCUACUGACAGAAUAUGGUACAGUUUCAGGGUGCCUCCCAGGCUGGAUCUACGAGUGAGGCCCAUGCUAGGGGAGAGAGAGGUGACCUUUACACACGUGACUGAAUGGAUUGAGAGAAAGCUGCAGUGUGAGUUUCAGAAAGUCUUUGUGAUGCCAAACAUGGAUGACCUGUACCUGCCACUCAUGUCAUCAGGAAUGGAAAACCCCCCAGAAGCCCAGCAUUCCCCUGUCCAGCUUUCCAAGCAGUCAUCAGUGGACUCCCAAGAAAGAGAGGAACAUGGGUUGUCCAAGUGA